AUGACUGCGUUGGCUGGGUCGGCCAGGAUGAUGCGACCCACGCUGGCCCAGAACUACCCACGCAGCGGAUUCCCGCUGGAAGUGUCGACCCCUCUGGGUCAAGGCCGAGUCAACCAGCUCGGAGGAGUGUUCAUCAACGGCAGACCUCUGCCCAACCACAUCCGACACAAGAUCGUGGAGAUGGCCCACCACGGCAUCAGGCCGUGCGUCAUCUCCCGCCAGCUGCGGGUGUCGCACGGCUGCGUGUCCAAGAUCCUGUGCCGGUACCAGGAGACGGGCUCCAUCCGACCCGGGGCCAUCGGGGGCAGCAAGCCCAAGCAGGGAACAACGCCGGACGUAGAGAGGAGGAUAGAGGAGUACAAGCGGGAAAACCCGGCUAUGUUUAGCUGGGAGAUUCGGGAUAAACUCCUGAAGGAUGGGAUAUGUGACCGGAACAGUGUGCCUUCAGUGAGCUCCAUCAGUCGGGUCAUACGGACUAAGUUUGGGGGGAAAGGCGAUGAUGAAGAGGAUGAAGAUGAAAUCGAGAAGAAAGAGCUGGAGGACAGCGACCGGAGAGCCAAACACAGCAUUGAGGGGAUCCUGGGGGACAGAUCGAGUCACUCGGACGACGGUACGGAUGUGGAGUCAGAGCCGGAUCUACCGCUGAAGAGGAAGCAGCGCCGCAGUCGGACCACCUUCACGGCGGAGCAGCUGGAGGAGCUGGAGAGAGCCUUCGAGAGGACACACUACCCCGACAUCUACACCAGGGAGGAGCUGGCUCAGAGGGCCAAGCUCACCGAGGCCAGGGUGCAGGUGUGGUUCAGCAACAGGCGAGCACGGUGGAGAAAGCAAGCUGGAGCCAAUCAGCUCAUGGCGUUUAAUCACCUGAUCCCGGGGGGAUUCCCCCCCUCAGCCAUGUCGGGCAUCCCCCCCUACCAGCUGUCUGACAGCGGCUAUGCCAGCUCAUCUAUAGCACAAGAGCCCCCCAGCACGGUGCACCGUCCCCAGCCCCUGCCUCCGUCCUCCGGCCACCAGGCCUCCGCUGGUGGAGGACAGGGGGAGGCCGGCUCGGCCUACUGCCUCGCCUCCGGACGCCACUCCUUCUCCGGCUACUCCGAGAGCUUCGUGAGCCCCGGAGGACCCGGCAACCCCAUGAAUGCCACCAUAGGGAACGGGAUCUCCCCACAGGUGAUGGGCCUGCUGAACCCCGGCGGAGUGCCGCACCAGCCCCAGAGCGACUACGCCAUCUCCCCCCUGACCGGCGGGCUGGAGCCCCCCAGCGGCAUGGCGGCCAGCUGCAGCCAGCGCAUGGACCACAUCAAGGGCCUGGAGGGCCUCACCAGCGUGCCCUCCAUGUCGGCCCUGCCCUCCCUGCCCAGCUCCCAGUCCUACUGCCCCCCCAACUACAGCUCCGCCGGCUACACCGUCGACCACGUCGCGUCCUACCAGUACGGCCAGUACGGACAAAGUGCCAUUCCUUAUUUGAGGCCUGAAAUCACCUGAUCACCAGCUUAACUCCUUCAAAGGGACGUGUGUGUGUGCGGUCAUGGAAAAGCCUUAAAUACAUGGACCAAAACUUUCCUCUCAUUUAUCAGGACACAUUCUCCACUGCAGGAUAUAUUACUUUAUGAUUCACGGUGGAGAAAUAGACUCAAACCAAUAGAAGGGAUCACCAGAAGAGAUAUGGGAGCGUACGUUUUUGACGGACUGAGAACACCAACUACGUCGGCCCAGCAGACGGACCCGCCGAGAUUCCAGCGCUUAAUGAGCUCGGCUCAGUCAAGAUGUGAUCAUCUACUGUGCCACAAAGAGGCACUUUCCACAGGCCGCACGUCUGCCUGUGGCGUCUUUUCCAGGGACGGCAGCCCCAAAAACCCACCGUUGCAGACUCACCCUGGAGCCAGAGCUCCAAGGGACAUGUUUACAUAUCGCUGCCCGCGCUGUACCAGCGCAGAUUCAAUUCCAUGUAUUUCCAAAUUCAUUCCCCAAUUGUAGGGGGAAGACAAAAGGGCUUUGUUGUUUUUUAUUACAUUUAUGUUAGAUCUCCACAUCCCACAUACGCAGAGAAAAUUCCAGAGAGAAAGAAAACAAACACGAGCUAAUGAAUCGGUGGGUUUUUAUUGUAUCAGAAACUGUAAUGUACUUCCCAGCUGUAGCGCAGCGAGAGGGCCCGUCCAAACGUUUGUGCUCCCAGCUCCCCUCCCCGUCUCUCCGGGUCUCCACGCCUGCCUCUCUCCGUCCCCGCGUCUCAUUGAUGUCUCGGCCCAAGCGAGGCAAAAAAGAUCUCGGCCUUUUGUAGAUUUUGAGAGCAACCAAGAUGAGGUCAAAGGGCAACUUUAGGGAAAGUGACAGAUGAGGGAGAAGUAGUGGAGGGCGGCAGACAAGUGGCUUUAAAGAAAAAGCGGGGAGGGGGGACAAGCAAGAUCGAUCACAGAGCUGGACACACAAAAAAAGAAGAAAAAAAACCUUUAAGAUCCUCUCUCUCGCCGAGAAAAAGCCAACGGGUCACAAGUCAUGACUGAGAGACAUUUGAGAAGCCGAGCCGAGACUAAAGAUUGGGCCAGCUGACCAAGGAGUACAAUAUCAUGUAUCUUAGAGUCAACUUCACCAUUAAAGCUAUGUAAAAAAAAAAAACAAAAGAAAAGUCUUAAAGUCUGAUGAAAUGCAUUGGAUUUACACUCUGGAUCUAGUUUGGGACUUUGUAAAGGAACAACACAUGUGCCUUUGAAGGCUUUGGGGUUCAAAAGAAAUAAGAAACAUUGUUAAGUGUAGCUGUAACAGCACACGGACGGGACCACAUUUGUGAGGAUUUAAGUGGGCGCAGCGGCACGGGAGACAAACCCAAUCAAGGGAACGCCGGUGUAAAGAGAAGGAAUGACAAAAGCCAAAAUUGUACAUCUUAACUUGUUGUUUGUGAACUUUGACUUUUACACCUUUUUUAAAAAAAAAAUAAAAAUAAAAGCAGUAAGUGUUGAUGAGAUUUCUGAUGCGUACAUAUUUAUUGCCACAAGUGUAACUGUGUCAGCAUAGAUGUUAAACGCCUUCCCACAUGAUACAGUUGAGUAAUAGAAACACAAAAACCUUCACCGAUCAAAUUACUCGCAUUCACAAGCACUCUUGUUCUGUUCAUCUCUGACUGAGCUCGUCCUUUCAUUCCUUUGAUAUUGUUUCUAUUAUUUGACAAAGCAAUAUGACAUAAUGUCAUGUGUACAAGCGCAUUAUCAUUGCUAUUUAUAAUAAAAAUAAAACCUCUGAAA